AGCAUUAAAAUGCAAUUUACCAAAACCACAAUCAGUAAGUUACAUUCGAAUGCGCCUCGCAUAACUCCAAGAGGUUUCAAGUGUUAGUUGCAACAAGUGCAGUGGAAAGACUGUUAGGCCCACCUGAUUCGGCACCACUGAUCACAAGAACCUAAAAGAACCCAACAAACCUCACUAGUUUUAAGAGGACACUAGAAACGACCAAAAUAAGCCAAACUCAGCUACGAUGUUGAUCAGACUUGUAGCGCGAAGCUCGCGCCUCCCUAGCAGUUCCACCUUCAACUUAGCGUCCAAAUGCCGACAUUACUCAGGAGAAUACAAGCCGAUCAGAAGCGUCCUGGUGGCCAACAGAGGAGAGAUUGCUGUCCGAGUUUUCCGAGCUUGCAAUGAGCUGGGCAUUAAGUCAGUGGCAAUUUACUCGAAAGAAGACAGAGGACACGCCCAUAGGCUGAAGGCUGAUGAGUCUUACUUGGUAGGCGAAGGCCUGACCCCAGUAGAAGCCUACUUGAACAUCCCACAAAUAGUGAAAAUUUGCAAAGAUCACGGAAUCGAUGCCGUCCAUCCAGGCUACGGAUUUCUUUCGGAACGCGCUGAUUUUGCGCAGGCUGUUUUAGAUGCAGGUCUUCGUUUUAUUGGGCCUUCUCCGAAAGUUGUCCAUCAGAUGGGCGACAAAGUGGCAGCCAGGGAAGCAGCCAUUGCUGCAGGAGUUCCAAUCGUUCCAGGAACAGACGGCCCAGUUCAUACUCUGGAAGAAGCCCUAAAUUUCUGCAACCAGCAUGGGCUUCCUGUGAUAUUCAAGGCAGCCUAUGGAGGCGGCGGAAGAGGAAUGAGAGUGGUAACCAGCAUGGAUAAGGUAGAGGAAAGUUACAAGCGAGCCUCCUCUGAAGCUCUGGCUGCGUUUGGAAACGGCGCUCUGUUCAUUGAGCGGUUUAUUGAAAGACCUCGACACAUUGAAGUGCAACUGCUUGGCGACAAGGCGGGCAACGUGGUUCAUCUGUGCGAGCGGGACUGUUCAGUGCAAAGAAGACAUCAGAAGGUGGUGGAAAUGGCUCCGGCUCCUCAUUUGGACCCGAAGAUUCGAGACGCCAUGACUAGCAUGGCUGUGAAGUUGGCCAAACAUGUUGGAUAUGAAAAUGCCGGCACUGUGGAGUUUCUCUGCGAUCCCAAAGGGAACUUUUUCUUCAUUGAAGUCAAUGCCCGACUGCAGGUGGAGCACACAGUAACGGAAGAGAUCACUGGCAUCGAUUUGGUGCAAAGUCAGAUUCGAGUCGCCGAAGGAAUGACGCUGCCUGAAUUGGGAAUAACUCAGGACAAAAUAGUUCCCAAUGGCUUCGCCAUUCAAUGCCGUGUGACUACUGAAGAUCCAGCCAAAAAUUUCCAACCAGACACCGGCAGGAUUGAAGUAUACAGAUCAGGAGAGGGAAUGGGAAUUCGUCUGGAUGGAGCAUCUGGAUUUGCUGGCGCUAUUAUCUCGCCCUACUACGAUUCCCUGCUAGUCAAAGUGAUCGCCCACUCUUACGACUUACCAAGCGCUUGUUCGAAAAUGGACCGAGCUCUGAAAGAGUUCCGGAUCAGAGGCGUGAAAACCAACAUUCCCUUCCUACUGAACGUGAUCACUAACCAAAAGUUUAUCAACGGAGCUGUUGAUACGUAUUUCAUCGACGAGAACCCGCAACUGUUCAACAUGGUCCCGGCUAGGAACCGAGCUCAGAAGCUUUUGGUGUAUUUAGCCACGGUUUUAGUGAAUGGCCCUCAAACACCUUUAGCCACCAAACUGAAGCCUGCUGAGAUCAAACCGCAGGUUCCCAAAGUCUCCUUGGAAUACCUGUCCUACAAGCCAGAGCAAAAGCCGGAAAUCCACCCGCCCAAAGGCUUCCGACAAAUCUACAAAGAACAAGGGCCCGAGGCCUUUGCUAAGGCGGUGCGCAAUCACAAAGGCUUGCUGCUGAUGGACACAACAUUCCGAGAUGCUCAUCAGUCGCUUCUAGCGACUCGAGUACGAACUCACGAUUUGCUCAAAAUUUCGCCUUUCGUCACUCACAACUUCAGCCAGCUCUAUUCCAUGGAGAACUGGGGCGGCGCCACUUUUGACGUGGCCUUAAGGUUCCUCCAUGAGUGCCCGUGGGAGCGACUGGAGGAGAUGAGGAAGCACAUCCCAAACAUUCCAUUCCAAAUGCUGUUGAGAGGCGCCAAUGCUGUGGGCUACACCAACUAUCCAGACAAUGUGGUUUUUAAGUUCUGCGAGCUUGCGGUCCAAACCGGAAUGGACGUGUUCAGAGUCUUCGACUCCUUGAACUACCUUCCAAAUCUGAUUCUUGGUAUGGAAGCGGCUGGGAAGGCUGGAGGGAUAGUGGAGGCGGCAAUCUCCUACUCUGGAGAUGUCAGCAAUCCCAACAAGAAGAAAUACGAUCUAAAGUACUACGUGAACCUAGCAGAUGAGCUGGUGAAGGCCGGUACUCAUGUGCUCUGCAUCAAAGACAUGGCUGGACUGCUGAAGCCCAAAGCCGCCAAAAUGCUUGUAUCAGCGCUGCGCGAUAAACACCCGGAUGUUCCCAUUCACAUCCAUACCCAUGACACUAGUGGGGCUGGAGUAGCCUCAAUGCUGGCCUGCGCUGAGGCUGGCGCUGAUGUUGUUGAUGUAGCUGUGGACGCUAUGUCUGGAUUGACCUCGCAACCCAGUAUGGGAGCGAUUGUAGCUAGCUUGCAGGGAACUCCUUUGGACACCAAUCUGGACUUGUCCCAGAUCUCCGAAUAUUCAGCAUACUGGGAGCAAACGCGCACUUUGUACGCCCCAUUCGAAUGCACCACAACGAUGAAGAGCGGCAAUGCGGAUGUUUACAACAACGAAAUCCCCGGGGGACAGUACACGAACUUGCAGUUCCAAGCCUACUCUCUUGGACUGGGAGAUUUCUUUGAGGAUGUCAAAAAGGCCUACGCUCAAGCUAAUGUGCUGCUGGGCGACAUCAUCAAAGUAACUCCCUCUUCCAAAGUGGUAGGCGAUCUGGCUCAAUUCAUGGUCCAGAACAAGCUGCAGCCUCAAGAUGUGCUGGACAGGGCUGAGGAGCUUUCCUUCCCCAAGUCUGUGGUUGAAUACCUGCAAGGAGCCAUUGGGCAACCCUACGGAGGUUUUCCUGAGCCUCUCAGGUCAAAGGUUCUGAGAGACAUGCCUCGAAUUGAGGGCAGACCUGGAGCGAGUUUGCCUCCAUUGGACUUCAAGAAACUGCAAGAAGAACUUUCGGAGGACUUUCCAGCUGCUAAUGAGCGAGAUGUCAUGAGUGCGGCUCUCUAUCCGCAGGUGACCAGGGAGUAUUUGACAUUUGCCGAUAAAUAUGGGCCAGUAGGCAAGCUGGACACCAGGAUAUUCCUGACCGGUCCCAAAGUGGGCGAAGAGUUCGAAUGCACCAUUGAAAGAGGGAAAACCUUAGGUAUUAAAACUCUGGCAAUGGCGGAAGACUUAUCAGAAAACGGAGAAAGGGAAGUGUUCUUUGAUCUGAACGGUACCCUUCGAUCAGUGUUUAUUAAGGAUCAAGAAUGCACCAAGGACCAAGUGUUUCAUCCUAAGGCCGAUAAGGCCAACAAGGCUCAUGUGGGGGCUCCCAUGCCAGGCACUGUUAUUGACAUCAGGACUAAGGUUGGCGACACAAUCGAAAAAGGUCAUCCUGUGGUGAUUUUAUCGGCAAUGAAGAUGGAAACUGUGGUCCAAAGUCCGGUGGCUGGAACGGUGAAGGAAGUGAAGAUCCAAAUGGGGCAGAAAAUCGAAGCUGAAGACCUGCUGGUUAUCGUGGAGUAAAUUCCCUCUAAAGUCUGUGUUUGAAGUUGUAUAAAAUUGUUCUGUUGUUUAUAUAGUUUAUACCUAUCUAUUUUGAAAUUGGAUUUUUUGCCAAUAUUCCCAUCUACAACUACGAUGUUAAAUUUAGUUAACACAAAUAUAUUGUUUUAAAUAUU